AAUUGUCAGCUGUCAGUGUUGUUGCCGAUAGGAAGAAAGUAGGAGUCAUUCAACUCUCUCGACAAGUACUUCCGAUAAAAGCGGCAGUUAUUACUCCCAAGCCUUGACAACAUGCAGAACGUGAUCAAUACUGUUAAAGGGAAAGCCUUAGGAGUCGCCGAGUAUCUUACGCCGAUUCUUAAGGAGUCCAAGUUCAAAGAGACGGGAGUCCUUACUCCAGAGGAAUUUGUAGCCGCAGGGGAUCACUUGGUUCAUCACUGCCCCACAUGGCGAUGGGCUCCAGGGGACGCUGCCAAGACCAAACCAUAUCUUCCUCCAGAGAAGCAGUUCCUCAUCACCAAGAAUGUCCCUUGUUACAGGAGGUGCAAACAAAUGGAGUAUCGCAGUGAGCAGGAGCUGGUCCUGGAAUCAGAGGGUGAUCCUGAUGGUGGAUGGGUGGACACACACCAUUUCAGUGACUCAGCCAUCUUGGAAGAGAAAGUGGCUGACAUGGCACUCGAAGAUAAGAAGGCAUCUUGCGCAGAUGAUGAUGAUGAAGAUGAAGACGAUGAUGAUGAAGAAGCUGCAGAUAUGGAAGCUUUUGAGGAGUCAGGCAUGUUGGAGCAAGAGGAUCCUAGUUCAAUCCAGACGCCCAGAACCGUUCCUGCAGUGUCUAGCCCGGGGAACAGCACCAGCGACGGGGGUGAGGUGCUCCAAACCCGCACAUAUGACUUGCACAUCACCUAUGACAAGUACUACCAGACACCUCGCCUGUGGUUGACAGGUUAUGACGAGAAUCGACAACCUUUAACAGUUGAAGAAAUGUAUGAGGACUUUAGCCAGGAUCAUGCCAACAAGACAGUCACCAUGGAAACGCAUCCUCAUCUCCCAGGUCCUCCCAUGGCAUCUGUGCAUCCCUGCAGACAUGCUGAGACCAUGAAGAAGAUAUGUGAAACGGUGCUUGAAGGCGGAGGCGAGUUGGGGGUCCACCUGUACCUCAUAGUGUUCCUGAAGUUUGUACAGGCCAUCAUUCCCACCAUUGAAUACGACUACACGCACAAUUUCACCCUGGCUCCUUAGGAUAAUUGAAUGCGAGAAAAGUGCUGGUGUUUCUACAAGCGGUCAUCUUCUGCUGACCUGAGAAAGUUGAAUUAGCAAGCAAAUUAUGUAAUCACUGUUGUUAUUAUUAUUAUCAUUAUUAUUAUUACCACUGCUGCUGUAACUAGGGCUAUUGCUCCUAUUUUACUGUUAUUGUUUUGAUAAUUGUUGAUGUGUUAAUUAUUCUAUUUUGUUAGCAUAAUUGUUUUUGUAUUUAAUUAUUAUUAUUGUUAUUAUUAUCAUUAUUAUUAUUAUUAUUGUUGUUAUUAUUCUUAUUCAUUAUCAUUAUUAUUAUCAACAUCUUCAUCAUCGUUAUUAUUGUUUAUAUCAUUAUAGUUACUAUGACCUCUUAUUAUAUUAUUCCUUCCCAUUUUCACAAGCUCUGGACCUCUUCUUAAGGAUCUGAACUUUGCCAUUGAGCUAGUCGUUGUACUGCUGCCAAAAAACAGCUUCUCCUCAGUGGAAGUCUUCAGAAGAAAAUGGUUAAAGUGAUAUGCCUUGAGUGUGAAGUGCUUUGGUUCAAGAUUAACAGCUUUUCAUUGUCUUUCAUAAUAGAUAAUUUACCAUAUGUUGCAGGACAACUUUGAAGUAGCAACAGCACUUAAACUGUUGUUAAAUAACACACGCAGGAGAGAAGGGAAUUAUAAUUAAAAAAGAUCUGAACUUA